AUGUAUAGAUUUAGUUUAUAAUCUCCCAAUCAAAUCUUAGUAACACCUGAAGGAAAUGUUUUAUUAACUGGAAUUUAUAUUAAAUAUAAAAAGGAAAUAUUUACUCUUUCUAUUUUUAAUCCUCCAGAAACUGAAGAAUUGGAUAUAGAAAAAUUAAACGUUUGGAAAUGUGGAAUAUUACUUUAUAUUUUAUUAAAAGGCUCUUUACCUAAUAAAUUUAAAUAUCUAUAUCCUUAUUCAGUGAAAGAUUCCAAUAAAUCUAUAUUAUUUGAUUCUGAAGAUCCUACAAUUCCAUUUCUAUAAAGAAAGUUAUUAAUUGAAAUGUUGAAUGAAUAACCAGAAUAAAGAUUGACUUACAAUUAGAUAUUACAUAAUUAAUGGUUAAUUGGUAAUUCAAAUAAUGUAACACCAAGGUAGGUUAUAAAUAGAGAAAUAAUCUAAUUUGACAAAUAUUUAUUAUAAUGCAUUUAACUUGAUUAAUAUUUAAAGGAAUUUAUUGAAACUUAUACCUAUCUUAAUAUAAGACAUGAAUCAAUAUUGUAAUCUUUUUCAAAAUUUGACUUACAUAAAUCAUAAAAGAUUUUACUUAAAGAUUUAAAUUAUAUAAAGUAAGUGUUAAAAAAUGAGGCUCUGAUACUCAGUAUAUUGCAUUUUAGUGAAUCUAAAAACUCUUUUAUUUAUGAAGGUAAUAUAAAUUUCUUUUAAUUUCUAGAUUGCCUUUAAUAAUGGGAAAAUGAAAUAAUUAUGUUAAAAAUUGAAAAUCUAUAACCUUGUUUUCCUAAUUAAGAAGUCAAAAAAUAACAAGUUGUUAAUUAUUUAUAACCUAAAAGAAAGAAAUAUGAAGAUGGAUUAAUAUUAAGUGAUACUUCUUAAAUGAUAAUGAAUCUAACGAAAGAUAUUUAUUAGUUUAAUGAAUUUAUUUAAGAAGUUUAGAAAGGAAUUAAAGAAAAGAUAAAAGAUUAAAUGAAUAAUUAAUAAGUUUUUAUUAAAUCAGAGGAAAUUAAAUAAGAAUUUAACGAAUUAUUAAAUUUAUUAAAAUCUGAUUAAGAAUAUUAAACUAAUAAAAUACAGUUAAAUGAGAUUAAAUAAAUUUAACAGAUUUUAGGAAAUAAUAAUUUGUUAAAUUUAGUAUUUUAAAAAGAAAUAGUUUAGCAUUUAGAAUAGUUUGAAAAAUAAGAUUAAUAAAGGAGAUACAAAUAAUUAUUAAACAAAAUGAUAAAUAAAUUAUAAUGA